AUGGCGCAGGAGCUGGAGGCGCGGCAGCGCACGGCGCUCGGCGGCCUGGGCGCUGCGACGGAGCCGGAGCUGGACCAGUUCAUGGAGGCGUACCACGAGAUGCUGGUGAAGUUCAGGGAGGAGCUGACGAGGCCGCUGCAGGAGGCGAUGGAGUUCAUGCGAAGGGUGGAGUCGCAGCUCAACUCGCUUUCCAUCUCUGGAAGAUCGCUGCGCAAUAUCCUUUCCUCUGGCUCUUCUGAGGAGGAUCAAGAAGGUAGCGGAGGAGAGACAGAGCUCCCUGAAGUUGAUGUGCAUGGUGUAGACCAAGAGCUCAAGCACCAUCUCCUGAAGAAAUACAGUGGCUAUCUAAGCUCGCUCAAGCAAGAACUGUCAAAGAAGAAGAAGAAAGGGAAGCUCCCUAAGGAGGCUCGCCAGCAGCUCCUUAGCUGGUGGGAUCUGCACUACAAAUGGCCUUACCCCUCAGAGACUCAGAAGGUGGCACUGGCCGAGUCUACCGGGCUUGACCUGAAGCAGAUCAACAACUGGUUCAUCAACCAGCGGAAGCGGCACUGGAAGCCGUCUGAGGAAAUGCACCACCUGAUGAUGGACGGGUACCACACGACCAACGCCUUCUACAUGGACGGCCAUUUCAUCAAUGAUGGCGGGCUCUACCGGCUUGGCUAG